CUCCCCUCUUCUCGCAACUCAGAUUCUUCCCUUGCACACUCUUCUCCAUCAAUUGCCCUCAAGACGCCCCAUAACUCACUUCCCUUCCUUUCAUCACAUCCCCCGUCAUGGUGCAGUCAUCGGUGCUCGGGUUCCCCCACAUGGGCGGCAACCGCGAGCUCAAGAAGGCGAACGAGGCAUACUGGGCCGACAAGCUCUCGCGGGACGAGCUGCUGAAGGAGGCCAAGCGUCUGCGUCUGGAGCACUGGAAGAUCCAGAAGGAUGCCGGCGUCGACAUUAUCCCCAGCAAUGACUUUGCUUUCUACGACCACAUCCUCGACCACAUCCAGCUCUUCAAUGCUAUUCCGGAGCGCUACUCGAAGCAUGGGCUGAACUCGCUCGACGAGUACUUCGCCAUGGGCCGCGGUCACCAAAAGGACGGCGUCGACGUUCCUAGCUUGGAAAUGGUCAAGUGGUUCGACUCGAACUACCACUAUGUCAAGCCUACCUUUCAGGAUGGCCAGACCUUCAAGCUUGCUGCCGACCCCAAGCCCGUCGUUGAGUUCCUCGAGGCCAAGGAAGCCGGCAUCGUCACCCGCCCCGUCCUCAUCGGCCCCGUCUCCUUCCUCGCCCUCGGUAAGGCCGACCGUGGCCAGUUGGUCGACCCCAUCUCCCUCCUUGACAAGCUCCUCCCGGUAUACGUCGAGCUGCUUGAGAAGCUGAAGGCUGCCGGUGCCGAGACGGUGCAGAUUGACGAGCCCGUCCUAGUGUACGACCUUCCCCAGAAGGUGAAGGACGCCUUCAAGCCCGCUUAUGAGAAGCUCGCUGGCGGUAGCCUGCCCAAUCUCGUUCUUGCCACCUACUUCGGUGACAUCGUCCACAACUUCGACGUCUUCCCCAGCAUCCAGAGCGUCUAUGGUAUCCACAUCGACCUUGUGAGGAACCCAGAGCAGCUCGACAGCGUCAUCGGCCAGCUCGGCUCCAACCAGAUUCUCUCUGCCGGCGUGGUUGACGGCCGCAACAUCUGGAAAACCAACUUCAAGCGUGCUAUCGAGCUCGUCGAGACUGCCAUCCAGAAGAUCGGAAAGGACCGUGUAAUCGUCGCUACCUCCAGCUCGCUGUUGCACACCCCGCACUCUCUGGACAGCGAGAAGAAGCUGCCUGCGGAGGUCAAGGAUUGGUUUUCUUUCGCCGUACAGAAGGCCUCCGAAGUCGUUGUGAUUGCUAAGGCGGUCACCGAUGGCCCUGCCGCUGUUCGUGAGGCUCUCGAGGCUAACGCGAAGUCGAUGCAGGCCCGCGCCUCAUCCGAGCGCACCAACAACAAGGCCGUCCAGGACCGCCAGGCUAAGGUGACCCGAGAGAUGCAUGAGCGUAAAUCGGAAUUCCCGGCACGAUAUGCCCAGCAGAAGGCCCAUCUCAGCCUCCCCAUCUUCCCAACCACCACCAUUGGUUCAUUCCCUCAGACCAAGGAGAUCCGUAUCCAGCGCAACAAGUUCACCAAGGGUGACAUCACGGCCGAGGAGUACGAGAAGUUCAUCGAGAAGGAGAUCGAGGAUGUCAUCAAGAUCCAGGAUGAGCUUGGCCUUGACGUUUACGUCCACGGUGAGCCAGAGCGGAACGAUAUGGUGCAAUACUUCGGUGAGCGGUUGGACGGCUACGUUUUCACCACCAACGGCUGGGUCCAGUCCUACGGCUCCCGCUGCGUCCGACCACCUAUCGUCGUUGGCGACAUCUCCCGACCUGCGCCAAUGACCGUCAAAGAGUCAAAGUACGCUGCUUCCAUUUCCAAGAAGCCUAUGAAGGGCAUGCUUACUGGACCCAUCACCUGCCUCCGAUGGUCCUUCCCCCGAGACGACGUGCAUCAGUCUGUGCAGGCUCAGCAGCUUGCGCUUGCUCUCCGCGACGAGGUCAUCGACCUUGAGGCUGCUGGCAUCUACGUCAUUCAGGUUGAUGAGCCUGCUCUCCGAGAAGGCCUUCCCCUCCGUGCCGGCACGGAGCGCGAGAAGUACCUCUCCUGGGCUGUCGACUCGUUCAAGCUUGCUUGCGCAGGCGUCAAGGACUCCACGCAGAUCCACUCGCACUUCUGCUACUCUGAAUUUCAGGACUUCUUCCACGCCAUUGCUGCUCUCGAUGCUGAUGUCCUCUCUAUCGAGAACAGCAAGAGCGAUGCCAAGCUCCUUAAAGUCUUCGAGGAUAAGGCGUACCCCCGCCACAUCGGUCCUGGUGUCUAUGACAUCCACUCGCCGCGUGUACCCUCCGAGCAGGAGAUCAAGGACCGCAUCGCGGAGAUGUUGGUCUACCUCAAGCCUGACCAGCUCUGGGUCAAUCCUGACUGCGGCUUGAAGACUCGUCAGUGGAAGGAGACCAAGGCUGCGCUGACCAACAUGGUCAACGCUGCCAAGUUCUACCGCGAGAAGUACGCUUCGUAAGAAGCACGCCAUUUGGCACCUUUUUCCGGUCAUGUUUCAUCAACGCGACUGGCUAAGCAGCACAUCAACAGCUGCGUGUAAUGUGUGUAAUGUGUUCAUGAUACCAAAAAGUUCAACCUGCAUUAGUGGUCAUGGGGGUUGAGAGAUUUAUGAGCGAUCUCAACAUCGGCGUUCAUAUGACAAGGUCCGUCGACGACUUUCUUCCGGGUUUGGGACGGCGUAUUUGAGGAUUGCCAAUUUCGGCAUGGCGUCGUAAAAGUGUCAUCUCGGUUGGGCUACGGAUACUUCAACAGGAUACCUGCAUCUUAGAUUACGACCUUGUCCGAGAAAUGGACGAG